AUGCUCGUAGGGUACUUUUGGUACUUUUUCCCUCCACUAGUACGUUCUGGUCCUGGUAGCCCCUCAUCGUCUGUAACGGGGACGGUGACCAGGGUGUCAUCAGUAGUCGGAGGUGAAGCUGAACUGCCUUGUGACUCGCGUCCUCCGCAGAGAAAUGACAGCCUUUUACUCGUCGUCUGGUACCGGGACGACAAUCCAGUAUACAGGUACGUUAUUAAUAUGCUAUUUUAA